AUGGAAGCGGCACAAGCUUGGGAGCUGUGCGUACUCUUGCUUGUAGCAGCUGGGUAUGUUGCAAUCGGCGUGAACUCUUUCCUGAACCGUAUCGGGCGCAAGCAGCAGUCCAGACGCUCAGAGAUUUUGGCAGAGUGUGAACGCUGUUCAGUGGAAUUGGUGCACAGUGUGGUGCCAGAUGCCACUGUGCCAGAUUACCGGUUUCGCGGCAUGCAUCUGAAGAUGUCCUCGAUCCACAUCGGAUUUGACAACGUGGGUGUGAAGUUGAAGUCCAAUGGGCGUUGCAUUCUCGAGGGUGUGACGGGCGAGUUCCAACCCAAGAGAGUAGCGGCGAUCAUGGGACCAUCUGGGGCAGGCAAAACAACAUUCAUGAAUGCGCUCUGCGGUGAACAGAUCUUCUACUCUGCCAAGCUGAGAAAUCCAGAGGGAACAGCGCCUGAAGUCUUGGACAGCAUCGUCGAAGACGUCCUAAAUGUGAUGCAGCUGCUGGACGUUCAACACAGUCUGGUUGGAAAUGUGGAGACUCGUGGCAUAAGCGGUGGCCAGCGGAAGCGUGUCAACAUUGGAUUGGAGCUUGCAGCUCGGCCCACCAUCCUUAUGCUGGACGAGCCGACCUCCGGGUUAGAUGCCACUACGGCUCUUGACAUUGUUCGGUCGUUGCAGAAGCUCACGGAGAUCGGUAUGACGGUGGUCAUGGUUGUGCACCAGCCACGGUAUUCGUUGUUCACGCUCUUCCACGAGGUGCUACUGCUCGGCCUGGGCGGCCAGACCGUGUACCUCGGCCCAAGCACUGGUGCGCUGCCUUACUUCAAGAGCCUCGGAUUUCCAAUUCCUCAGCACGAAAACCCGGCCGAUUGGUUCAUGGACGUGAUUUCCGGUAAAGUCCGGAAUGAAGGGGCCCCGUCCCCGUCCCGCAAACAACCAGAGCUAGCCACCCACUGGAAAGAAUCAGCCAAGCAAGGCCCAGAGCGUUCCAUGGGACAUCGCCAUGCAACAAAUCCGGAUGACAAGUUCAAGUUCCACAAUGCGGUUGACUCGAAGCUUGAGCUGCUUGGCCUGGGGGAUGUCAGGGCCAUAAGCGGUGAGCACUUCUCGCAAAUUCUCCAGUCAGCUGGCAUCUCGCCUUCGGAGCCUGCACUUGCAGAGAUGAAGAAGCGGAUCGGCUUUGAAGAUGACUCAGUCAGCCGCCGUGGACUGGCGCGUUUCCUCUUGGGGUUGAGAAGUUCCUUUUCAAACGAUGCAUUGAGCGACGUGCCUGACUGGGAGAAAGACAUGGAGGCAUCUGAGGCCUCCAUGGUUUCAGGAGCCAGUUCACUAGCAACGGUGGAUAAGAAGAUGGUGGGAAAGAGGGCACACUUCUGGCCACAGUACCGGGUCUUGCUCCACCAAAAUGCAAUUCGUUGGGUUCGAUUGUGGCAACAGAAGACGCUGAGCACUUUGCUGGUCAUAGCCGCUGCGAUUAUGUUCGGAGCACAGUGUACCGACAAGCUCGUGCCAGGGAACAUUUUGUGCCCCUUGAAGAUCAACCUUUCGCACUUGGCAGUUGGGCUGAUGGUCGGGAUAGCUUGCUUGCAAAUCUUUGGGGCUGAUCGGCCAACCUUCUGGCGAGAAAGCGCCAGUGGAAUAAGGGUGAUUGCUUUCUUCCUUGCGCGGAUCAGCGUUUCAUUGUUUGACGUGCUGUUGUGGACCUACAUCUACACAGCCGUUUGGAUGGCCUGUGCAUCAGCCCCAUGUCCGUACUGGAUAUGGCUGAUUGCUUUCCGCAUGACGGCAGUCAGCUCUGCCGGCAUCGGUCUUCUUCUCUCAGCCGUAGUUCCAGAGCACAGCUCAACGUUGGCGACUGCAGUUACGAUCCUGAUCAUGGGUGGUGGCAUCAGUGAACCAGAAACAGUUGCAGAAGCGGCUGGUACCUUCAAGGAGGUAUUGGCCUUCUUAUCACCUUUUACAUGGGCGAUCGGUGAGAAUUAUUUGGCCGUCAUUAACUUGCAAGGUGGCGAGGAAGCAGUCAUAGACUUCGCCAUCGACAUCGUUGAGGGCUACAAGAACAUAAUUCUUUCACUGGGUGGUGAGUAUCUUGGGUACGUGACUGCAGCCUACAUCUCGUGUGGUGUCUUCGGCAUGUUGGCAUUGGUCUCGGGCUACUUGACGUUGCGAUUCUCUUAUCGCGGGAAACAGGCGUGA